AUGAGCGAAUUUGAGGAUGAUGAAAACCAUGAAAUCUCAGAUGAAGAAGAUGUUAUCAAUUUUAGUACAAUUUUAUUUGAUCAAUUUAUAGAAUUAAGUAAAGAUGAAGAAAAAUGGACACUGAAGAAUGGUAAAAAUGUUAGGAAUGCUCUCAUUCGUAUGAUGUUAGAAGUCAUCAAACAAGCCAAAGAAAUAUAA